GAAAUAAAAAUAUUUCUAAAGAAAUUUGUCACAAAGUUUUUCUGUAAAAGACUGUCUUUAAAAUAAGUUUUUUUGGAAAAUUUUUGUAUUCUACAAGCUAAACUAUUGUACUGAAAAUUGUCCAAAUGAAACUAUGAACACAUUGAAAUUAUGAUUUUUACAGAUAAACUAUUAGAAAGACCUAUUAUACAGAGAAAACAUAUAAAUUCUUCAUGAAAUAAAAUUUUACAGGCAAUAUAGAAUAUAUAUUUUAUAUACUACAUAGACAAUUUAUCAAAACAGAAAACUGUUGUACAAUUAAUUUAAUAUAAGCAAAGCACUGAAUCAAACAAUUUUUUAAAAAAAUAUUGUUGUGUAUAUGUAUAAAAUAAAACUACAAACAACGGCCGCAACGAUUAAGACUGAUCAGUAAUUUGGUAGCGGCGCGACGUCGACAAUUUGAUAAGCCGCGGCCAGACGCCGCUUUUACGCGGAUCGACUCGUUACUCUAUUUAUAUACACAACAAGCGAACAAAAAUGCUAGAUAAAAACCAAAAAUAAACAGUAUUAGAAAUAUCAAUACAGUUCAUACAACAAGUUACAAGUCUUCAUUUCUAUCCGCUUCACUUUAUUUAAUAAUAAAAUCGUUUAUAAGGACGCAAAAAAUGCAAAGAGCCUCUUCAGGAAACAAUAAAACCAGUCGUACGAAGGAAGAGAAGGCGAAGAACGGCACAAAGAAAUCUCUGGUCUUUCUGGCUAAGAUGGCGAAAAAAGAUCCUUCGUCGUUAACCUCUAAAGAAAGGCACCUUAUCAGGAGACACAGACAGGACGUGUCAAAAUUUGAAAGAAUUUACGGCCCUGUCAGUGUUAUUCUAGGAAGGUCGUAUCUUUUUGAACAGUAUGAGACUACUGUGAACCCGACAAAUACUAUUAUAAGUAAAGGGUCGGCUAUUUCAUCCACAAACUGUUCAAUGAGUAAUGGUGUUAUUCCUACUGUCAAAUCGCUCACGUCUUCGGAAAGAGCUGCAGGAGAUAAUAAUGCAACAUCCAGUAAACAAACCAACGGAUUUAAAGUAAAAGGUAUGGUGAAGAAAGUUACAGAAAAACAUUCAGCAUCAACAAAGAAGGCAAAGAAAUCCGAGAACCGGGAUAGAUACCUUCAGGCAGCUGUCGUCGAUUGGAGUAAUCGCAAUGGGAAGAUAAAUGCCGAUCUAUGGCAGUUAGUUGAGCGUAAGCUUCUGGAUGAAAUCGCCAAUUUCAAUGGCAGCUCGGAGGAUGUAUCCUUCAAUGGCGCAGAUUGGUCUAAGGGCACGAAGAUAGUCAAUUGUGGUAACAAAAAUUCAUUUGAUUUCUUAAAAAACACAAUUGACAAGAUUAACCAACUUAACCCAGACAUAAAGUUGGAUGUAAUAAACGCCUCAAAACUACCACUUAGAUCAGUCGUCACGGUAUGGAUUCCACCACCCAUUAUAUCGGUGGAAACUAUACUGGGAGUAUUGGCCAAACAGAACGCUAAACUUCUAACAGACCAAUGGAGGUUUGUCACCUCACUGGUGUGUAAGGAGAACUCCGGAAGGGACUUCAGAUUCGCUGUGGAUCAGAAAUCUCUAGAAUAUUUGGAGGAAGUGGCUGGUGUUGCCAAUUUCGGUCUUGGCACUGUCAAAUUCCGUUUUUCGAAACAUAAGACUAAAGAAGCUGCUGGUGGUGCAGAUAAAUCUACGCCAAUGUGAAACAGCUUAGUCAGAAUUGGUUCAACUUUAUUUCUUCAGCUAUUUUUCCAAGUAUUUCAAAUCUUGCUGGUUUAACUCCGAAUGCAAUAUUAUCUACCUUCCAAAGUUCUUCAUACUUUUUAUAUUGUUCAAUAAAUAGCGGUAAAAAUUGUU